UUUUCUUUUCUUAUAUAAUGAUGAUUUUCAGGUUGAGGGUGAGUUCGAGUGGAGUAAAACUACCCAGGGACAUAUUCUAGGAGCCUUUUUCUGGGGUUACUUGGGAAGUCAGGUUCUUGGAGGAUACCUCGCUUCCCGCUUUGGUGGUAAACGAGUAAUUCUGGUCACCAUUCUUGGGGCUUCAUUGCUUACCUUAGCAAGCCCUGUGGCCGCUCGCACUCAUGCCUAUAUUCUCGCUGGUCUUCGCGUUGCCAUUGGAUUCCUUCAGGUGCUGUUUGCUGGUUAUUCCUGCUAA